AUGAAGUCAACGAGGCUCUCAUUCGAGAACUUCUCGGGUCCGUUUGUGACACAUGGGAUCGACAUCAUUGAGGACCCGGAGAAUCCCAAUGCUGUGUAUAUCUUUGCUGUGAAUCAUCUGCCGAAUCCGGAAUAUACACAGGACGGGAAGGAUGUUCCCCAGGCACGAUCUCAAGUUGAGCUCUUCCACCAUGUUCUGGAAACAGCCACCGUUAAACAUGUUCGUUCCAUUCAGCACCCGCUGAUCGCUACGCCCAACGACAUAUAUGCGGAGAGUCCGAAUUCUUUCUACGUGACCAAUGAUCAUUACUACCGCGAGGGAUAUGGACGUCUGAUUGAGGAUCUUAUCCCGGCAGCCAAGUGGUCGAGCAUCGUUCAUGUACUGAUUCAAGAUUUGAAGUCCAAGGACGCCGACAAAGGCAUCGAUGCCACGGUGGCUUUGACCGGGUUACACAGCAAUAACGGACUCGGUCAUGGUAGAUCUAAGGACGAGAUGCUCGUCGUCAGUUGUAUGAGCGGGACUCUGUAUCGCGCUCGCUCGAACAGUGACAACCGCACGAUAUCUGUCUUCGAUGAGAUUCAUCCAGGUGGCCAAAUCGACAAUCCCACUUACUACGCGGACCCGUACCGUACUGCUGCAGACGACGCCAGUGGCUACAUUCUGGCGGGAAUGGCACGUCCGAUUGAUCUGUCUAAACAUUACAAUGAUCCCAAUGCUAAAGAUGGGGCCAUUAGUGGAGAUCAAUUUACAGAAUGGGAGUCGAGUGUUCUCUUCGAGGAUGAUGGCACUCUCAUUCGGACUGCUAGCACCGGGCUCUUGGUUCCCAGCGAAACAAAACCUGGGGAGAGAAAGAAGGCAUGGUUGUUUGUGACCGGAUUCGUCUCGGAGAGUGUUAUUGCCGUUGAGGUCGACCUCUGA